AUGGAAGAGUUCGCAAAGCUUUGCUGUCACAUCGUAGAAGACUACUAUGGUUCAUUCCUUGCUCAAAUCUUUCGGCAGCUCGCUCAGCUUGGCCGAUUGUCUGUUCAGCAACUCGCCCAGAAAUGCCGUCUUCCACUUCGCCAGGUCAAAGUUGGUGUGGCCACAUUAAUCCAGCUUCGCCUUGUCUAUCAUCACACUACCUACGAAGGCUUGUCGACAUAUCAAGCGGACACCACCUACGCCUAUAAUAUCAUGCGCACGGGCAGACUCGUUGAGCUGGUCGAAUGGAGCCUUGGGGCUUCUGCAGCGGGGAUCAUGGAAACCUUGGCUGCCAUGGGUUUCGGUACAGCACAUGAACUGGAAGCUGAAGUUCUCGAGAAGAGUGAUUCGACCCAGCCGAUGGAUAAAAGUCAUUUUCAAACACUGCUUAAACAGCUUGUUUCUUCCGGGUAUAUCAAGGCCGUCCGCGAAGCUCAUUUUCAAUCGCCGUCCGAUCGCCGCCAGGACGUCGAACGCUCCCUGCGCGACAACGGCUUAAUCCCAACUGGUACAGGGAAGAAGAUUGCAGCCGAUGCCGAGUCCAGAAUCGACUUAGAGCUUGAGAGACGUGUCAAUAGCAGUAUCUCGGCAUAUGAUGUAUCGCAAGAACUCACCAGAAGCCCUACUCAAGAUAACACCACCCUUUCCGUCGACUAUUCGAAUCUCAUCAUUCGAAUACGAAAUGACAGAGUGGCUGGCAUGGCCGAGAAGAUUUUCGGCAAACAGAUUGCACAAGUCGCACGAGCGGCAUGUUCGCAGAUUACUGACGUCGACCCAAGGUCGCUACCAGUACGAUUAGUUGAAAACCCAGCGAAUGCAGUACAACGGCUGGAUGCUGCGAAGUUAUGCUCUGAUGUAUUCCAUGGUAAAGCGAACGGUGGUGGCAGGCCGAAUGGGACGAACGGCCAUCACAGUGACCAGCCGAAUGGAGCCGCAGGGGAAGAUCGAAUCAUCGAACAUCAUCUUGCAGUUCUCGCGGAAGGGAAUUUCACAUUCCUCCUACAGGAGCCGAACAACUCGAAUUCUUGGUCCAUCAACAAAAGGAAGUUCACCAAUUUUUUACGAGACAAAGAGAUUUAUCGACUCAUAGGCGAGAGCCUGACAGAACCGGCUUUGAGGGUCGUCCGAAUGCUGGCUGACAAAGGAAAACUUGACGAGAGGACGAUGCUGGAUAUCGGAUUGCUCAACGCCAAAGAGCUCCGGAAGUGCCUGUCAGCCCUUCAGACAAUGGGAUUUCUCGAGCUGCAAGAAGUUCCGAAAGACCCACAGAGACAACCUAAAAAUACCAUCUUUCUGUACUUCCACGACGCGGAACGAGUACAGAAAGUCUUCUUAGACAAAUUGUACAAGACAAUGUCACGGAUGUAUGAGCGCUUGCAUCUGGAACGGGAGAAGGUUGCGUCAACACUCAGCAAAGUCGAACGAUUAGAAGACGGCACUGAAGUGGAAAUACUCCCGGCCGCGGAGCUGCAAGAACUGUACAGAUGGAGGCAAAAAGAGUCCUGGUUCACGACGGAGAUCCACCGCAUCGACGAGUCGAUUGCCAUUCUUCGAGACAUAUGA